AUGUUUCAAUCACCACCAUUCUCUUCCGACAACAAUUAUCAAUAUCCCCAACCUUUUAUGUUUCAACCACCACCAACCAACAUCACUAGCCAAUAUACGCAUUCAAUGGGUACCAACGACGUCGUAGAGUCUCCUAAUAUUGAAUCAGAAUCAACAAUCGGGUCAACUACAGAUUAUCGACUCUCAAGUGCCAGUGUUCUCCACUCAAGAGGGUCUAGAAAAUAUUACUUUUGCAAAAGAAGGAGAACGUUCAACCCAAAAAAAACAGUGUCUCAGGUUCUUAGAAGAAGAAGAUAA